UAGCUGUUAGCUCUCACGCUCCACACACUGUACAUGGACGUGUUUCUAUUAAGAGACAAACCUGAAUUUUACCGCAUGUGAGUUUUUGUGGUCAUGGACGCGCGCAACCUGGACGCUUUUUUGCCUCUCCGAGGAUGGAGAAAGGAAAAACAGAAACUCAUUUGGGAUUAGCCGACACUAUUCACGCCUCUGACACAGGCAGUGAUGGAGAUCAGGCCAAACUGCAGUGCCAACUGUGACUCUGCGUCUUGCUUCAUCCAUCCUGCAGUCAACAAGCAGCAGAGCUGGGAUAUCCUGCUGAGACUCUGCACUCUUUCUACGAGGGUGGUGGAGGUGCAGAGCAGGUCUCUGUCUCCGGUUCUGUGUGCUGUAGUUUGGACGCUGCUCUCCUGUGGGAUUCUGCUGUCCUUCCUCUUCCUCCUUUUCACCAUCCGCUACAAAAACAACAGGAUUGUGAAGAUGUCGAGUCCCAACCUGAACAUACUGACUGUGUUAGGGAGUGUGUUGGCCUACACCAGCGGCUUCCUCUAUGCUAUAGAAGACAGAUCACCUGUACAGGGAACAGGCCCAAAAGCUGUCAUGCAGGCGUGGGUCUGGACGCUGUGCGUUGGCAGCUCUUUGGUGUUCGGACCCAUCCUGGGGAAAACAUGGCGUCUCUACAGGGUGUUUACACAGCGUGUACCUGACAGGAGAGUGAUCAUCCGUGAUAUUCGGUUGAUGGGUCUGGUGGCUUUGUUGGUGUUGGUGGACGUGCUGAUUCUGUCUCUGUGGAGUCUCACCGACCCUGUGAAGUGUUCCAGAGCAGUCAGUGCUGUGGUCAAGGUGGUGGAGGUUGAUGUACAUUACUCUCUGUCUCAGAUGGACUCCUGCUCGUCUCACUACUCUGUCCUGUGGGUUCUUCUCCUCUGUGCACUCAAGGCCAGUCUGCUGGUGUAUGGCACGUACCUAGCCGGACUGACCAGCAGCGUUAGUCUUCCUCCAGUCAACCAAUCCCUGACCAUCAUGACUGCAGUGUAUCUGGUUACUGCAUCCACUGCUCUUGCCAUCCCUGUCUCUCUCUACCUGCACUCAUGGCCCAACCUGGUCUACGGCAUGCUCUCUGGAACCAUCUUCAUCUGCACCACUGCUAUUAACUGCCUUAUAUUUGUACCCCAGUUGACCCAGUGGAGGCAGUUUGAAGAGGACCUGAACCCACACUCCAGCCAUAUGGCUAAGUAUUUCAGCAGCAAGAGCCUUCGUUCCAGCGAGAACGACAUCUACUACCUGCUCGGAGAAUACGACUCCAUGAAGAGGUUAAUCAGUGAGAAAGAUGCAGUAAUAAACAGCCUCCAGGAGCAAGUGAUGAACGCCAAGGACAAACUGCUGAAGUUGAUGUCUGUAAGCCACCUGCAGGACGAAAGAGAUAUGGAUUCUUCCAUCACCAACCUCAACUCCUCCUUCACCCAGACUACAGUGAUACCCCCAGAGCCUCCUGCCUUAUUGCUCCCCAUGAGAGAGGUCACUCCUCCUACUACUCUGUCCCUUCCACCAUAUGCGCCUCCUCCAUCAGCUCCAUCUUCACCUCCAUCGCUAACGUCUUAUGAAACGCCUCCUUCUUCACAGCACAGAGAGUCCUCGCCCUCUUUCUGCCCUCCUGGUACGGACGGGGCUCCUCAGAACUCCCAAGUCAGCCACUUGAAGCUUGAAAAUGCAGGUUUGACUAAAGAGUCUCUGCCCAAACUGAACUUUACGAGCACGUCCGUCAGCAUUGAAUCUUCUGCAGUCAUGAACAUGCCUUUAGAUUCACAUGUUAACUUGAUUACGUUGCACGAUUCUACAUCUCCGGCUUGGUCCGGUCUUCCUCCGGAUGCAGCAGGUUUAGUGGUGGAGUCCAUUGUACAUUCAGGGGUGGGUCGGCAGGGUUUUGUGAGCAGCGAACAGCUGGAGGAGAUUCUGCAUGAUUUGAGCGUGGAUGCCAUAAGCAGUUCGAUCAGAUCUCCGGGUGGAGUGAGAAGACAGUCGAAUCCUGCGCCUGACAUUUUCUCGACCCGAUCGGCUCUGCAGUUGUACUUUCCCAGCAUCUCGCCAUACAUGAUGCGAAAACGCCGACCGCCGUUCCACGCCUGCAGAAAGGAUCCUCCUCCGUAUUAUUAUCCAGGCUCAGCACCCCCUGGGUCCAGGAGGGCACGUGACACGGCUUCGAGCUCUAAUUUGACACACAAGAAACCCCGUAAUACCGAAAAUGAUGGAAAUGAGGACGAGAAGGAGGAUGAAAGCUCUAGGAAGAGGUGUGACUCAAACACCCCAUCACGAUCAGGCAGAAGGAGAUCGAGACACACUCAUCAAGACUGUUCUUCUGUUGGACACCCCUCGGGUCCUUUAGCAGGGCUUGAGAGGACCAGAGUUGCUGAUUCAUAUGGAUAUUCAGACUCGGAGACCAGCAGCUCAGAGGAUUAUUGCUACUACCACCGACCCUACUGUGAAGCCUGCAGGCAUACUCCUUACUCCUCCAGCGACAGCAGCAGCUCAGAGACAUCUGACAGCGACUACACAGAGCUGGAUCGCUCCUCACAUCCUGUGGUCAACUUCAAAGAGGACCUCAAACCUACAUUUGUUUGAAUAGAGGGGGAGGAAGGAGAAUAGGGGGUUUGAAAGGAUCAGACUUCAAUGAAACCUGGCGUUAAACACAAGCAUCUGUAUAAAUAGAUGUUUUUUAAAAAAAGUACCUACAGUGAAUUUUACAAGUAAAUACACAGAUUGUAUGGCUGGAAUGAUAGAAUGCAAGUCCGGGUAAGCCGUUCAUCAGAUGCCCUGGGAAAACAUCUCUAUUUUAUAUAGAACUAAGAUAUAUAGUUUUAAACACUACAGUCUGCAUCUCAACCACAAGUAAACUUUUGUAAACAAUGAAGCACUUGGGGGUAUAAGAAAAUUCCCUCUUAUAAGAUAAUAAUCCACCAUGUGAGGGCCUGAUACAAAACAGACGGUUGUUCCAACCUUGAAGUGGAUUCGAUUCCAGUAACGGCACACCCUGAACCGUUAUAUUCUUCUUAAACCACAACAAUUUGCCAGCAAUUUUUUUUUAUUUAUUAAUGAACAGCAUUGCAUUCUUCUCUUUAACCGUUUAAGUUACAUGUAAAUUCAAAUUUAUUUGUAUAGCGCUUUAAACAAUUGAUAUUGUCUCAAAGCAGCUUUAUAGAAAAAUAGAUUUAUAGAUAAAUCAAAAGGUUAAUAUAAAGAUUAAUAUAAUACAAAAAUUCAAGAUUAAUAUUAGAUAUAUUUAAAUGUAUUUGUAUUUAUCCCCAAUAAGCAAGCCUGAGGUGACUCAGGAAACAGACUCAAAGGGGAACCCGUCCUCAUUUGGGUGUGAAAAUAUACAGUCUGACAGUCUGUCCGCAAAGACCACAUGGAGUUGGCAUCUCAUCUUAGUAUGUCCCAGAACUUCAUGAAGCUUAGUCCAGCUAGAGCUGGUAAAUCUCUAGAUGCCUCAGGAUCCUCACAUGGUUGGUUCAUCUCAGUGAAGGUCCAAAAUCCUCAUGGCACGGAAGACAAUCAGAGCUGGUACAAUUUCCGGAUGCCUCGGGAUGGGAAGAAGUUGCUGUUCAUAAUGUUAGCAAGCACUAGAUGGUAAUGUGCAUGUAUUAAAGCACAAGAUUAUGGGAAGUAUUAUUUGUACGCCUGGUGAUAUACUGUAGGUUUUUAAUCUCCACUUAAACUGGGAAAGUAUCUCUGAGCAGUACAAACAAAUGUAUUUAUCGAUUACAUUACAACAGCUUUUAAAGCUCUUUUUCACCUCUCUUCUGAAGUUAAAGAGUACAGCUUGUUUUCUUACAAGACAACUGUAAAGUCUUUGUUCUACAAAAUUUGACCGUUUCGAUAAGCAUUGACACCGGAGACUCCUUUCGGAAAUUUCACCAGAUGGUUUGUUUAGUAACACGACACUGUUGUUUAUUAAGACUGACAAGGAAAAAGGGACUUGUGUUUACAUUUUAUUCAUCUUAAAAGUUGCUCAUGUGUCAAUUCCGAUGCCUGCGUAUGUACAGUAUAUGACAAAUAAUAACAUUUUACACAAAAAUACUGUACAGACCAGACAGUUACGCUACUCUGAAUGAAACGCACUGUGACGGAAACAAGCCGCACAAUCUGAACCGCUUAUGGUUUCCUUGAACUCAAACUAUCAAAAAGCUUCAAAAGCUCUUUUUCAGCCAUUUAUGGUUAAGUUAUUCUUAUCAUGUCACACAACACUCUCAACGUAGAUAUGCAGCUGAAUUGCAAAUUCAUUAGCGGUAUCCUCCAUGCUUGCUACUUACACGCUACAUGGAAUAGGCAGUACACAUGGACUGUCAGUAUUGUUAGGCAGAUUGAUAUAAAAUCAUCUCAUAAACCACUCUUCCAAUAGUAGACUUCUAACAACUGCCACAUACCAUGUUCUCCAAACAAACAUGUGCUCAUCGAUAUCCAUGCACUUUGCCUCUUCAGUUAAAAGCACAUUCUUCAGAUCUUCAGCUCGUAGAAGGGAACAGUUUGUAAGAGUUUGUACUGUUUUACAGUAGGUCUGAAAGGUCAAACUUUAAACUGUAACAUUUGUUUUGCAUUUCUAUUUAUUCCUCAAAAUCAUGAGUAUGAGAUGAUUUUUUUGUACAUAAUGUGUGUACAAAUUAGACACAGUUCUUUGUUCAUUAUUUAUGUAAUUUAACAACAUUUUAUUUUUAAGGAUUGUUACCAGUGAUUGCCUCAACUGCUGUUUUGCUGUGCUGGUUUACGUUAAACUGAAUUGUUGCUUUCACA